AUGGCUCAUGCGACCAAGGUGUUCAUCUCCUCUUUCGUUGGCCACGACAAUGAUCAUCGCUCUGCGGGGAGUGCCACCACCGCUGUUGUUCGAAGAUUCGAGAGGCUUGCGGACGGUGCUGAUGAAUUUAUCAGGUAUGUGCAGAUUGGCGGGACACCACGUCAGAACCUGUUCUUCGACCCUCUCAUUGGGCAUCUCUUCACGGGCAAAAUGAUUGCUUAUCAGUUGUUGCGUCCUGGAGGUCAGUACCAAUACUUCCGCAUAGGGCCAAUCAAUUUCCAGGAGCGUGGGCUGGAGGCCUUUCUAUCCUUCAUGUACGAAGAUUGUAAGGUGCCCAAGAACAGUUUUUGCCUAGGGGUCAUGCUGCGUCUGUCUGAGAGUACGGACAUAAUUGGAACCGUUGUCAAGUGCUUGCGAGUUAUGACACCUCACUUCAACUCUAUGACCGACGUUGUUAUCAAGGAGAUCACCCAUCUCCCUACGCAAGAUUUCUCCUGUGUUGGACACGAGAAACACUGGGUUCACGUCCAUAGAACUUUGACUGAAUGGUUCCGUCCAGAUCCAUUAUGUUGUCAAGGAUUUGAACACGACGUUGUGCCUUCUUUCCAUAGUGGCUGCGACAUCAGUAAUGGAAGCGGAAAUAAAUUGAAGUUUUCGAGUAUAUUUCCUGAACCAGUCUGCCAAGUGUUUUUCCAGUGUCACACCUCACCAUCGGAGUACAAAAACCUGCCAGGAUCAACCGUAUUUGCUGGUCAUGGCGAUAAUUCAUCUUUGGAGAACUCCCAACCAUUGAAGUUUGGAAUACUACUCAUGCCUCAUGCUUCUUUAGAGGACCCUAAGUCUAUUGGUUCCACAAUAGAAGUGAUCGAUACAGAGAAUCGACGCCAUCUCACACAUGUAAAUGUUCAUCUGGACCAACUCGACGAGAUGAUGAUGCCUAAGGCAAUAGACUAUCUUCAUCUUAAUGCCGAGGCUAUGUCGUACCAGGUAUGCUGGAGGUCUAACCAUGGCAGUGCUCACCUAUGCGUGGAGAAGACAAGUGCGGAAAGUAAGCUUGGAGCACGCAGAGCCACACGACAAGGUAGAAACAUUAGGAGUGCCAAGGGGUUUCCUCUAGUGCAGCAGGAUCAGCGGAUACAAAUGCUGAAUCAGGUAGCUCGUUCAUUCCUAAAACUAUGGGUUGUACGAUCCUCCGAGAGGUUGCAUAGCUCGUUUACUACGUGGCUCAAUCAGUAG